AGACAAUAAUCGAUUUCAAGUCCGCCUUCCCUCCCAACCCUGAACGGCUUCCCUCGUCUCGUUCAUCUUUCACACCUUCUUCAAGCCUCCUCUCAAGAAAACGCGAAGAAAAAUCGAACUCUGAAUUCCCAAUCCCUAGUUGUGUCAAAUUCGUAUUUUAUUGCCUGAAAUUCUUUUGCCGUCGACUGAACUUUUCCGAGCGAAUCGAGUCUUGAUUCUCACUCGAUCCGUGUUGGGUCUGCAAAUUUGGCUUCUUGGACUUCCAUGGGUGGCGCUUGAGCUUGGAGUUGGGGCCAUAUUCUGCAAGGUUCCGUGUUGGGUUUGCGGUGUUCCCGUUGAAUCCUGAGAAAUUUUACCGCGUUUUAAGAGUUGGGUUUGUCGUGAAGUUGCUUUUUGUUCGUGGGUUCGUGUGGUUUAUCGUUGAUUUGGGUGGGAGGAACUUCCCAUGGAGUAUGAACCGUCGGAUAGCAGCGGAACAGACGACGACCUUCCUCCUCCUCAUCAAAAUAGAUUUCAAAGGGGUGGAGUUCCUGCUGGGAAUGGAAGAUCUGCACCGAUAAAUUCUUCUACGUUACCUAGGAUGCUUGGUGAUAUGGAAAUGCAGAUCCACCAAAUCGAGCAGGAAGCAUAUAGUUCAGUCCUGCGUGCUUUUAAAGCUCAAUCCGAUGCAAUUACAUGGGAGAAAGAAAGUUUAAUAACAGAAUUAAGAAAGGAAUUGAGAGUAUCAGAUGAGGAACACAGAAAACUUUUGUCGAGGGUAAAUGCAGACGAUGUCAUCAAAAGAAUAAGGGAAUGGAGAACAACAAAUGGACUCCAACCUGGAAAGCUCAAUUCUGAUCAACCAAUGGCCGAUCUCGUACCGAGCCCCACUGCCUCAGCAUCACGGAAGAAACAGAAAACAUCCCAAGGUGCACCUACUUCUGCAAUACCCACUGGUACGCAACCAUCGUCAUCAGCUGUAAGACGUGGUCCACCCCCUGGAGCUAGGACUACAAAGACAAAAUCAGUAAGUUUUAUAAUUUGUACUUGUCCUUUAUUAUCUGGUCAGUCCAUUGUAUUAAUUGCAGCACUUGUUUUGAAGUCCAGAAGUGGCCAAGUGAAUAAUCGAGGUUCUUUAGGAGCCUUUGCUUCAAAUGAAAAUGCUGAAGCAGCGACCCACGAACCAUUAAUUGGACGGAAAGUUUGGACUAGAUGGCCUGAAGACAACAGUUUCUAUGAGGCUGUUAUAACUGAUUAUAACCAUGCCGAGGGCCGUCAUGCUUUGGUGUACGAUAUUAAUACAGCACACGAGACAUGGGAAUGGGUCAACCUUAAAGAGAUUUCUCUUGAAGAUAUUAGAUGGGAAAGAGAGGAUUCGGUAUUAUCUCGCAGUGGCGCACGCCCUGGGCACGGGAGGGGCAGUAAGAAGUCCAUGACACGAGGCGGUGCAGUUGCUGCUGGUGGAAAGGGUAGAGGAACCACGAAGGGUCAAUCAAGGAAAGACUUGCCCGUAGCUCAUAAUGGAUCUCGGAAGCAGGCUAUGGGUGAUAUUGAAAUACUUCACACAGACACGCUGAUUAAGGAGGUGGAAAAAGUAUUUGGUGCUAAUAAUCCAGAUCCCAUGGAGAUUGAAAAGGCUAAGAAAGUGCUGAAAGACCAUGAGCAAUCCCUUGUCGACACGAUUGCAAGGCUCGAAGAUGCGUCAGAUGGUGAAAGUGCAGAUGGGAGAGAACCAUAUUCUCAAGGACAAUCAAUGGUUCGUGUAUGACGAUCAAGUGGCCGAAGCUCCGAAAUGGCAAAGAAUCAAAAUGCUUAAACCUGCAGCAGGCCUGCCAAUGAUCGACGAUGACAACGGUGAUGAAACGAUUUUGUUGAAUGGAAAACUCAGCAGCAUGCUCGCUCCGUUGUGGCGUUUUCAAACCAACCAUGCAGUUACUGAUGCCUUGCCUUUUGUUUAUUGAUUGUACUAAGAGUUCUUGUUUUAUUUUGAUCCCUAGCUUAACUUCAGUAGAAAUAUUCUGUGUAAAACUUAUUCUACAGUCAAUAGAAUCUCUUGUAGAUUAGUA